AUUCACCAAUACCCAUCGCCAGUUGUGAACUCCUGGACUACCAGUCAGUCUGUUCAGUGAUUCAGAUGCAUCCAUCUGCAGCUUUUGGGUCAAAGAAGAGUUCUGUCGUAUCACAACGGUUUCCCUGGAAGACACGUUCAUGCAGAAACUUGAUGCUUACACACCGUGUCUCCUGCAGCUGAUGCGUGCCAAAGGAGGAGCUGUUGGUUCCAGGAUGCGUCCCCUUCUGGACACUGUUAAUGAGUCCUAGAGUGUUGAGAAAAAAAGGGAUACUGUUGGAGUGCCUUGCUCGCAUCAACGUGUCCUCUCCUGAGCUCAAAACCCUGUCCUGCCCUGUGUGUCGCAAGUUGACUGAGCUCCCCCAUGGCCAGGACCUGCCCCGCCUGGGCAACAAUAGCAAACUCCCAAAAGAUAUGCAGAGGGCACUGUCUAUCCGCUUCCACCGCAGCAAGGGCAAACUGCUCCUGAAGAACCCUCCUCCCGGCAGCCAAACUAAGCUCAAGGCCCUUACCCUGCCUAAAAAGAGUCAUGGCAGCCAGGUGCCAGCAGGCGGUGACCUCCACUCAGGUACAGUGGAGCAGGAAAUAGCCACAACCACUGUGAUCAAUGUAGGCAGGCCUCCCAGCAGGAUGAGAGGCCGUUUGCGCAGUCUCUUUCGCUUGGACUGGUGCUAUUAAGCUGUGGUGGCAUCCAUCAUCUCCAUCACUGUGGUGGUCCUGUUGGUGGUGAUUCUGGCUUUUGUGAUCAUGCUGAAUGUGACAUUUACAAGAAGCCUGUAAACCAAACGCCACAGAGCACCUCAGGGAGUGAAGACUCAGGGGGGCACUGAAGGAGCAGGGAGGGACAAAAGUGGAGGGAGAGAAUAUCACACAAAAGCUUGUCAUUCUCAGUGAUCCUUAUGGCAUCUUUUUCCUCCUGGGAGCGGGGGUGAUGGCAAAACUAAGCACUGGUUUGCAUUUAGUGGCAGCAAAGAGAAAUGAAGGAAAAGAAGGACAGCAACAUUUUUUUUAAACAAAGGACGAGCUGGUCUAAAGUUGCACACGAAGAUUCCUGGCACAGUCGGAUGUUAUUAUUAUUUGUUUAACCUGUGUUUUUCUUUGAAGAAGCUUGUAAUUACUGUGAAAGCCAGAAAUAUGUAUAACAAAAAAUAACAAUAAAUAUGCUCUAAAUGCUGUAUUGCACUCAACCCUGUGAUAAGGAAG